UCCUGGACAUUUUGUAGACGUCGACCACAAUUUCAAAGGGAUGAUGGUAUUAAUACGCAAGGUGGCGCCAAACGUCCUCAAAUUGAGCGGGCCACUAGUUUCCAAUGAAUGAGCUGAGACUUCCCCGGAUAGAUGUCAGGAAGCCCACAUAUCAGCUGAGAAAGAAAACAAAUUUCCAGCGGUACCCUGAGUGAGUGCAUGGCCAGGGACAUCUAAAGCGCGCCGUCCACAGAAUUCACCUCACCAGAUCAAAUCAGUCCAGCCAGCCAGCCAGGCACCAGGUACCGGGCAGGAGAAAGGCCAGGGCGUGUCUCUCUGAGCUGCAUGGUCAUCAGCCCCAGCAGCCAAUGGACGAGGGACAAGCUCAGGGCGAGGAGCCCGUAAGGCGCGGUCAGGGAGGAGCGGACCUCCUCCACAACCGCGGCGACCACCCAGUGUCCGUGUCGGUGCCGGCGUCAGGCCUGCACAGCCCGGACGAGAACCAGAACCAGCUGAUGGAGGAGGGCGAGGAGGUGGUGCGGGGAUCGCACGGGAGGAGGAGCCAACUGCUCGAACAGCAGGACUCCGUCAACAACAACGGCAGCUGUGAGGAAGAGGAGGAGAGGGUGGGGGAGGAGGAGGAGGACAGCUCCAAAGUGGAGGAGGAAGGUGAGGAAGAGGACAGUAACAGCAGAGCCUUCUCACCGGAUCCUGACAGCCAAAUCAGAGACUCUUCCUCUUGUAGUCCUACAGGUGUUGAGGAGCUGGUGAGCAGUCCCGAGGAGUGUCCACAGGUUGGCAGUGUAGAGGUCCAUGCAGAGGAGGGGGAUGCCCUGAGGCCGACGGGAGGUGGUCUCCCCGGCUCCUCACCUGCCCCUGCGCUUGACCUGGGGGAACCCUGUGACAACGCCCUGCUGCCUCACCGCCUACACCAGAUUGCUGAAGCCUUAGUCCGUGAAGAAGAUUAUGAGCGGGCUAUCCGCUUCAUUCAGCUAGAGCGACUGUACCACGAGAGACUUCUGGCCAACCUGGCUUCCCUACAGGAACAGUGGGAGUGCAGAUGGAGGUGUGCUGGGGGGUCCGAGGGGCCGACUGCAGAUAGGACCCCCAUUGACCCUGACCAGCUGGAUCGCCUCUCCCACAUCUGCAGGACACACAGACAGCCAUCAUUGAGAGCACAACAGUGUGAAGUAGCGGACAAAGUGCAGAAAAACAGUGUGAUCUGCCGGCGAUCGCGAGCGGAGGAGGAAGAGGAGGAGAGAUUGAGCACACGACGACUCCCAUGCGACACAGGCAGCGCGGCUGAUUCAGCACGAGUGACUAUGGAGAAGGAGAGAGAGACCUCCCCACAGCACACCGACUCCACAGACGGCCAGCAGAUGGCGGCAGAGAGCAGCCAGUCCCCACAGCCCUCCCCUCACCCUCCCACAGAGACUCUGACUGGCUCUGCUGGCCUGAGUGACAGGCCACCCUCCAAUGACUGUGCUGCAGAGGGCGGGCCGGGGGCAGAGCUUUCAGCAGCAGCAGCAGCAGAGGCGGCGUCAGCAGGAGAGACUCCGAGAGACGGCAAGCCAGCGGAGGAUUUCCCAGAAGCCCCAGCGGCGGCAGCAGCAGCAACCGAUGCAUCACGCUCCCCCAGCAGGGAGGGGCCGGGAGAGGAGGAGGAGGAGGAGGAAGAGGAGAGGCAGGCGCUGGCGCUGUCUCCGCAGCAGCAACAGCACCCGCCGCCUCACACACAGCCCAGCCUGAGCCAGCACAUGGAGCCCGCGCAGAGCACACACACGCCGGACGAGACGCUCACACUCACCGCCACCGCCGACGCACACGCCAAGCAGAAGAAGAAGCCAGAGCCCGAGGUCCUGAGGCCGUCCCAGCAUGAGGAGCGCACCGCCGGGGAUGGAGAGGAGGAGGAGGACAUGGAGGAGGAAGAGGAGGAGGAGGAGGACGUGGAGGAGGCAGAGGAUGCACUGGAGCUAGAGGAGGAAGGAGAAGAAGGAGGAGGAGGAGGAGGGGACGAAGACCGGGAGUCCAUGGACCUGGACGUACCGGAGGUGAUCCCCGAGCACGAGGAGCAGAGGGAGCGGGAGCAGGAGGUCGGCGUGGAAACAGUGGAACCGGUCAAAGUGGCCACGCUGGACGACAUGGCCAAGAGGAUCAAGGUAGAGGAGAUCAGCCCUGCCUCCGGCCUGGUCUCCAUCCUGAAGAGACGCGCUUCCCUGGAGGGAGCCUGUGCUGCCCAGCCUGCCCCCAAACCCAAGGCCCUCACCAAACGCAAGGUCCGCUUCAGGGAGCCUGACGACGGCUUCGAUCAAGAUGAAGUAAGCGGCGACUCUUGGUUGCUCCUCCUCCUCCUGUGUCUGGCUACCGUGGUGAUCAGUGUGGGCGGGACAGCGCUCUACUGCACGGUGGGCGACGCCCAGUCCACCAUCUGCACGGACUUCUCCCACAACAUGGACUUCUACGUGGGCCAGGUGCAGCGCGGCGUGACCGAACUCAAACACUGGUUCUCACCCAGCUCCUAGCGUGGUGGAUGCCGCAGAUGGACCUUCAGAGACUGUGUGUGUGUGUGUGUGUGUGUGGAGGGCAAGUUGAGGCCCUUUCUCUAAAUGUUUUUAAAGACGCUGAACUGCCCAGUAAGUGGUGUGCCUCAGGGUUAGCAUGACCAGGCCGAUCCCUAGCGGCAGCACCCAGCAGAAGCAUCUUGACUGCCGUCAUGGUAACCCGGCAGGCUGAGGCCCGCGGCAGCCCCCGAGCGCCCCCUGCUGUCUGACCGCUGUAAAGGCAUGAGUGGGUUCCUGAGGUGAAGAGAAUGCUACCAGGAGGACGGACCACAGGCUGCUUGCCGAGCACGACACGCACACAAUCACCUCGACGACGCCCCGCUUCACGGAGGGGAUGCCACACGCAACCACAGCAACACUCAGCAGCAAGCAGCUGAUUGGCAGUUCCAGAUUGACGCAGCUAAAUGUUUACUGCCACCACCAAAACCUUGAAAUGGACAUUCUGAUCAGUUCAGAUCUGUAAUUUUUGUUUGUUUUCUCUCUUUUUUUCUUAAGACUUCAUUGUUUUUAAACCUUAAUCCAGUUUUAAUGGAAGGCUUACAGGCAUUGGCUUUGAGCAGUGCCGUGUCUGAGAGUAGCAUUGUCCACUUAUUUACACGUGACUACAGCAGGGACGAGGAAAGCAAUAUGUGUGUGUUUAGAAGAAUGUUUUUGAUGCUGUUUCUUAAACAUGGGUCUGGUACUAUAGAUGGGGUAUAUGUUAAUAUAGAAGUGGUGAAUACACACCACCGGUUCAGGUCUGUCUUUAUCAGUAUGCUUAUUAUCAAUGUGAUUGACAGUGUCGGUAAGAAGAAAGCAUAAUCUUCGGUCCUAUGUCUAUGUAUGCUACUGCGAUGGGGGGGGGGGGGGGGGGGGGGGGGGUGUAUUGAUGAAUCGAUGAGUUGAUUUUUGUUAUUUUUCUCUCAAAUUUAGAUUCUGUUCUAUCUCGUAUUUGUUGUCCUGGGUUUCUGUCCAUGUUAAAGUACUGCUAAGUGACAAUGCACAGACGUGUACUUUUGUUUUGUUGGGGGUUUUUUUGUCCACUCUAAACCCAGUCAAGCUGAAUGGAGUGACGACGAGAGCAUGCGGGCCAGCUGGAGGAUACGUUUAAGCCUAGUACAGGAAGUGUGAGCAGCGAGAGUGGACAGGGCUCGACAUUAAUGGUUGCCCAGUUGCCCUUGGCUACCAAAUUGUUACAAGUGCCAACCCGACUUGGUUGGCAUUGGCAACCAAAACCUCAUGCCUGGUUGCCAAGUUGGCAACCGCUUUUAGCCACUUUUAAAAGUUAACGUUGAGCCCUGGAGAGUGGACAGGGGGGGGUUGCUAGUGGGGCUGCUCUGUCUUGGGCGAUGCUCAGCAUCACUUCAGGUGUGAAGGCUAGACAGACUGGCAGGUCGGUGUGCUUCUGUUUUCUUCUCGUUGGCAUGUUUUUCCCGGCUGGCUCGGGGGGAACAUUCUUUAAUCCCAGUCUGCAUUUAAUUACCUAUUUAUUUUAGUGUACAGUAAUGGAAAGAUUUGUGAAAAGAAACAACUUUUUAAAAAAAAUUUGGAUUUUGAAAUGCGCAUGUCCUCCUUUUCAUCACCUGGACGUCAUGUGGGUAUUACCUUUUCUGUAUCUUUUUCAACACCUUUCCAUCCAUCUGCUAGUAGUGUGGGCUGUUCAUGAAGAGAACUAUCCAAUGGAAAAAGAAAAUGUUUGUUAUGUCAUGGAGCUGGCUUUUUCUGAAGGGUAUACCAUGUUUUAGUUUUUAUUAUUAUUAUUAUUAUUAUUAUUAUUAUUAUUAUUAUUAUUGUAAAUAUCAUGGAAAUAUUGCAAAUUUUUAAUGUCCUUAACUGUUCUUUUUUUCCUUCGAGGUGAUGGGCUAAAAAUGUGAAGAUUAUGGUUUGGGGAUUGCUAAUACUGUUUUUCCCUGGUAAAUAAAUCUUAUUGUUGGGACUUAA